AUGCUAACAGCUUCCCAAGACCCACAGGAUAACGCUGGGGAAAGUGCUGGUGAUAAUAAUAGCUACGUGGCUCUACAGCAGCAUAUUCUCAAGCAUUCCACUACUUGCUUCGACUACCUGUCUCACGCCACAAGGACGCGCGUCUAUAUCUUCUCCUUCUUCAUCGCCGCGUGGCUUCUUCCCCUCAACAUCAUCUUCUUCAGUUACGUCUCCAUCGUGGUCACGGUGUCGAAGCAGGAGCGGCAGAACUACACCUGCCAGGGGAACGUAGGGAGUUCUUCCUUUAAGAACUUCAAGCACCAGAGCGUGAAGCGGAAGAAGAGUGUCGAGCUCAAGCUCGCCAAAGUGGCCUCAGGCAUCAUCGCGCUGUGGGUGCUGGCAUGGACGCCUUACGCGGUGGUGGCACUACUGGGCAUCUUCAACCAACGGCGCCUCAUCACGCCCUUCGGCUCUAUGGUGCCGGCGAUGAUAUGCAAGGCGGCUGCGUGCAUAGACCCCUAUGUUUACGCUCUGUCCCAUCCGCGCUUCAAGCUGUGGGACUUGACGGACCAAUCGUGCAGCAGUUCCCUGGGCCCUCUCAUCCACCGACAGACUUCCUUCUCCAGUCAUCCGGCCAUUCAGUCCACCGACGCUAGCCUGAGCCUGCACUCCACCCUCUCGCCGGGCAGCACGAGCCUAGCCGGCGAAACGUACCCGAAACGCAGCUUCUCAUCCAACAGCUUCCGAAAGAUGCCUCGUUCCUUCACUCUCUCUCACGAGUCCGAGGUGGGCGCGAGGAGAAGUACCGGGAACUGUGACAGGAGGCGCCUUCAGACCACGGUUCUCGUCGAGUUCCCGGACGGGAAGCUGCCCUUCGACACCAGCCACUUUAUCGAGAGUACGAUGAAGAACAAGAUGAGCUUAACCGGGCAUCCCCGUAAACCUCCCAAUGGUUUUAGAUUCUCACCGAGUGAAGUAGACUAUAAUAUGGGCAGAGAGCAACAUAUUGGCCUUAUCAUGUCGCCCUCGGCCAAAGGAUACUCGAAAACCAAAAGCCUCCAGCAUAAAAAGAAACGGCAUGAAGCAGCCAAGCCUCUUAUGAAAUCAGGCGUCUCCAACGUGUCUCUGCCUUCGUCUGCCCUCGUCCAAGGCCAUCACGUCUCAAUGGCCAAGCCGAGGGAGCUACAUCCUUCAAGAACCUUCCCCAACAUUUUUCUCCCCUCGGAGGAGCUCGAGAGCUUCUUCCCGCUCUCGACGUCCUUCUCCGUCACGAUCGAGUCGGCUAAGGAUUCGAACUUAUCCUCGUCGCUCAUCCUCAACCGGCGCCUCUCCUGUCUGACCAAAGAAGGCUUGAACCGCUCCGUCGCCUCAAGCCUUGACCUCUCCCUUCCCUGUGCGCUGUACGUGAAGGAUUGCCGCUUAAGGAGCAAAAGCCUGCCCAACAUCACCGAUGAAGCCAAAGAAGAAAACAGCUCAGAGGAAAAUCAGUACGAGCGCCUGUCUUCUUUCUUCCUGAUCUCAAAGCGAGAAUCUCAGCUGGUGACGCCUCAGCCCAAAGGGGGUCUCUGAGUGCCGACAGCACGACGGCCUAAGAGUGAAGUGUAGAAAAUUUAACUUUUCACAACGUCUGUGUUUGCAUUUAAGUGUGUCAUCUAGUUUACUACUGGAGAUAAAGCUUUAGUAUAUUUUUUUGUACUUAUUUUUAAGCAUUUGUAUCACAAAAUGUAUGAAUCUAUUUUAAAAGAAAUACAAUUGAAUAUAAUAUUGUUAUAUAAGUAUUUAGCUAUUAGAUUACUAUUUUUAGCAAAUAAAUCGAAGUAAUCUUACAAAUUAUAUUGUACAUAUAGAUGAUAAUGUACAAGACUUGUGGCAUGGUAAUGAAUCAUAAGCCUGUUAUUUUCUUCGAAAUUUAUUGAGAGUUCACAAACAUAGUUUAUAAAUAACUUAUAUUAAGAAGAAACAACCGCAUUGAUUGGUCUAUGUCGUGUAGUCAUCGAUGUUAACACUAGUCACUUGUAGAGAAGAGAACUCCAGGCAAAGUAGAAUGAUUUGUCAACCCAGAAAUUAAAAACCGAGAACCCAGUGUCGAAGUGACCUUGCUGGAGAUCUCAGGCUACUUUGUACGGAAAUCUUGUGCUUGUAUUGUACAUUAAGCUCUGCAUGAAUGUUUUGGACGAGAAGGGGAUGUGACCUUAUUUGUUAGGAGAAAGGCACCGCGAUGUGAAUUUCUUUUAGGAUUGAAGGUACGGGUGGAAUGUCUGAGGCGAGAAUUUUAACAGACUUUUCGCUUCUGCAUUAAUUUAACAGUAUUGGAAGUGUCAUUUUUCGGUGAGUAGAAUGAAUGACAUGGAUUUGAUAAUGAUGGUGUGGAAUUAACCUCUUUAAUGACGUGAAAGUUUCGACUCGCCGGCUAAAGGGGGUGAUUCUUGAAGUGCAUGUGAAUUUGAGCUUAAGGAGAGGAUAAUAAUGAGCCGAAAUUACUAUAUCUGUAAGUGAUACAGACACAUAUAUACAUAAACAAACAGACACACUCAUUAACAUAUAAAUAAGCAAAAUAA